AUGCCAGAAGCUACAGCAGAGCAAAAUGGGUCUUCGGUUCGACAGCGAUACAAUCCGUUGAUUAACCCAGCCAAUGCGAAGCCGGUGAUAGUUGAGGACCACAUCCAAGAUGAAUCGCACAUCUUCUUCACCCGCCCAUUCCUCGGCGCCCUUCUCUUCGAAAACGCCACCUCCGACGCGCGCGACCACUGCGCAAACGAACGCACCUUUCUCUCCUGGCUCCGUCUCGCCAUGUACCUCGCCAUCGUCUCCAUGGCCAUCAUCAUCUCAUUCCACUUCCGCCUUAAGCCAACCCCGCUGGAGCGACGCAUGGCCCUCCCGCUCGGCUGUAUCUUCUGGGUGCUGAGUCUUGCGUGUCUUGCGAAUGGGUUCGCGAAUUACAUGCGCACCGUGCGGAUGUAUAGUCGGCGGGCGGCGUUGGUGCAGAGUGGGUGGAAGACGCAGCUGACGUUUACGAUUGUGGGGACGGUGAUUUUGGGGAGUUGUGUUUUGUUUUUGGCUACGGAUGCGAAGAGGGCGGGGAAGCAUCAUGCUUAG